AUGGUAUUCGGCACCCUCCCGGACACCAGCUCCGGUCUCGCGGCCGCCCCCCGCAAGCGUUACGACUCGUUUAACAACGUCCAGCAUCCCACCACCUCCCCUACCGUCAUUGACAUCCGCCGUGAUGCUGGCGAGAUCUCCCUGGCUCAGGCCAUCUCCGACGGCCUACGUCCCGCCGACGGAGGCGAAAAGACACUCCCCACCCUGCUCCUCUACGACGAGGCUGGUCUGAGACUCUUCGAGAAAAUCACCUACCUGGACGAGUACUACCUCACCAAUGCCGAGAUCGAGACGCUGGAGGCCUACUCCGAUGCCAUUGCCGAGCACAUCCAGCCCGGUUCUAUGAUCAUCGAGCUUGGGAGUGGCAACCUGCGCAAGGUGAACAUCCUCCUGCAGGCCCUGGAAAAGCAGCAGAAAGACGUCGACUACUUCGCCCUCGAUCUUUCUCUUCCCGAGCUGGAGCGUACCCUGGCUGAGGUUCCCAGUCAAAGCUACAACCACGUGACAUGCUACGGCCUCCACGGUACCUAUGACGAUGGCAUGGAGUGGAUGAAACGUCCCGAAAUUGCUUCCAGGCCCAAGACGGUGCUCUGGAUUGGCUCCAGCGUUGGUAACUUCAAGAGACACGAGGCAGGACCAUUCUUGCACAGCGUUUCCGACUCCCUGCAGACAGGGGACAAGCUCCUCAUUGGUAUCGAUGCCUGCAAAGAUCCAAAAAGAGUCUACCAUGCGUACAACGACCGACAUGGCGUCACCCACGACUUCAUCCUCAACGGCCUGAAGAACGCAAACAGAAUCCUCGGCUCCGAGCAGUUCAAGCCUGGCGAAUGGGACGUCAUUGGCGAGUACGACUCCCAAAACGGCCGCCACCACGCUCUAGUCUCGCCCCGUAAGAACGUGACUAUCGAUGGCGUCGAUAUUGAAGCUGGCGAGAGGCUUCGGAUCGAAGAAAGCUACAAAUACAGCACUGAGGAGACUCGGCAGUUGUGGGAGGAGGGACAGGUGGUGGAAGGUGCCAAGUGGACCAACAAAGCUGGCAACUACGGACUCCACCUGGUCUCGAAGCCGAAGGUCUUUUGGCCUUUGAGACCGGAGGAAUACGCCGCUCGCCCGCUUCCAUCCGUGACGGACUGGAAGCAGCUUUGGUCUGCCUGGGAUGCCGUGACUCUGGACAUGUUGCCGGACGAACAGCUGUUGGAGCAGCCCAUCAAGCUCCGUAACGCUUGCAUAUUCUACCUUGGACACAUUCCGACAUUCUUGGACAUCCACCUUUCCCGUGCCACCGGCCGACCCGGAACCGAGCCGAGGUAUUAUCCGCAGAUCUUCGAGAGAGGAGUCGAUCCGGAUGUCGACAACCCAGCGCAGUGCCACUCUCACAGUGAGGUUCCGGAGUCGUGGCCUCCCGUCAAGGAAGUUCUCAAAUUCCAGGAUGCUGUCCGGAGCAGGGUCAAGGGAUUGUAUGACUCCGGGGAAGCUGAGUCCAAUCGUCGCGUUUCCCGAGCCAUUUGGAUUGGCUACGAGCACGAGAUCAUGCACCUGGAGACGCUGUUGUAUAUGCUUCUGCAAAGCGACACGACUCGACCUCCGCCCGCGACAAUCAGGCCCAACUUUGAGGUCCUGGCCAAGCAAGCGGCGCAGGAGGCAGUUGAAAACAAAUGGUUCACUGUCCCUGCUUGUGAGAUGUAUGAAGGUCUUGACGAUCUGGAAAGAGAUGACGGGCCCCUGCGUUACUUCGGCUGGGACAACGAAAAGCCUCGUCGCCAGGUCAAGGUCGGCUCAUUCGAGGCCAAGGCUCGUCCAGUCACCAAUGGAGAAUACAUGGACUACCUCAAGCAGACUGGGCUCUCUGAACUUCCGGCGUCCUGGACGGCUUCCAAGUCUACAUCUGACGGUGUGAACGGUCACGCCAACGGCGUUGUCAACGGACGCUCCCCGGACGAGGAAAAGUUCGAUGGCGUAUGGGUCAGGACCGUCUACGGCCGCGUGUCUCUCAAGCAUGCGCUUGAUUGGCCCGUCAUGGCGUCCUACAACGAGUUGGCCGGGUGCGCCAAGUGGAUGGGCGGCCGGAUUCCUACGAUGCAGGAAGCCCGUAGUAUCUACGCAUAUGCCGAGCGGCAGAAAGUGCUUGAUGCAAACCAGCCAACCACACAGCGUACGAUACCGGCGGUCAACGGCCAUCUGGUAAAUGACGGGGUAGAAGAGACGCCGCCAUGCCGCGCCUUGUCGAACCAGCCCAACGGCGCCUCCAAGGCAUCUGGAUCGUCUUCGUCGUCGCCCGACCCGCGUGAGCUCUUCGUCGAUCUGAGCGGGGCGAACGUUGGGUUCAAGCACUGGCAUCCUGUCCCGGUCACGCAGAACGGCGGCAAGCUCGCGGGCCAGGGCGACAUGGGCGGGGCUUGGGAGUGGACGAGCACGGUGCUGGAGGCGCACGAGGAGUUCGAGACCAUGGGGCUGUAUCCUGGCUACACGUCGGAUUUCUUCGACGGCAAGCACAACGUCGUGUUGGGCGGAUCAUGGGCCACGCAUCCGAGGGUGGCGGGGAGGAAGACGUUCGUCAACUGGUACCAGAGGAAUUACCCGUACUGUUGGACGACGGCGAGGGUCGUCCGGGACAACUGA